UCCUGUCGAGGCCCAGCCUACUUCAACUGAAGCCCCGCCCCUAUUCCUGGAGCCUCCCCCCCACCCCCCCCACUCUGUGCUGGAGGAUGAUUGCGAUGAUGUUAAAGGACGGGUGCUGUCCAGACUUCAGCACUGCCACAUCGGGACAAGCCCAGACGAGCGCAACCAUGAGCGAGAUCUCAUCAGCCGCUUCCUCCUCUGAACAACAACAACAGCAACAGUCGACGACGGCUGUGAAGCACAUCACCGUGUACAAGAACGGCGAUGCAUACUUCUCCGGCCGGCGCUUCGUGGUGAACGCCAAGCAGGUCGGCUCCUACGAGAACCUCCUGGGGGUUCUCACUCGAGGUCUCGGGGCCAACUUUGGUGCGGUGCGCUCUGUGUUCACGCCACGCGGAGGACACCGACUCUCAGCGCUUGGCGAGCUGAGCAGCGGCGGCGAGUACGUGGCCACGGGUACCGAGCGCUUCAAGAAGCUCCCGUACAAGCAGAAUGGAGCAAAGAAGGAAAACCCUCCUCGGAAGGAGACAAACUCAGAGGAAAAAUCCGAGCUGCCGCCCCAGCCUCGCCGCCGUGUCGUCUCCUCACGCUGGAAGAGGCCGACCGAGGAGCCUAUCACCAUCUUUGUGUUUACUAACGGAGACGCAGUCCGGCCUGCAGUCCGCAUACUCCUCACGCAGAGGAUUCUGGGUAAUUGGGAGAAUGUGCUCAAGGUCGUGACAGACAGGGUCGACCUACGCACUGGGGCUGCUCGCAGGCUGUGCACUCUGGACGGCACCGCCGUCCUGAGCGGAUCUUUCCUGGAGAGUGGCCUCCAUUAUGUUGCCGUCGGCAAAGAAAAGUUUCGGAAUCUUCCCUACGGGGAAGUUCCACACCCGAAAUACUUCCCCCAGCCAGCGAACGGGCCCAAACCUCUGUUCCUGCCUCCAAUUAAAAAGAAGCUAUCGAGAACGUCUGGGAGAUCUGAUCACACCGCUAACUUGAGGGAGACAUCCUCCCAGCGGGAGGGAGCUUUCUCUGGUGACGAAGACAGAAGUGUCUUCCAAGCAUCGGAAAGCAGAGAAGAUAAUAACGAAGUUACAGAGGUGUCAGAAGAUAAAGACACAAAAGUUGAACUACCUAUUGACCAGCUCGUGGCAGAGAUUGUGGAAGAGGAGAUGGAGGAGGAAUGUCAUGACCGACGGAAAUCUCCACGUCACCUCGCACGUGGCGCUCUUGCCAGACCCCGUCAUGACUCCCCGCCUAAUUCCCCACGUGACUCCCCAAAAGACUGCGCUCGUAACUAUCUACGUGACUCCGUACGCGACUCUGUACGCGACUCCGUACGUGACAACGCUCGUGCCUCGCCGCAUAACCGCGCUCAUGACUCUCCGAGAAGGGGUCUCCGUGACUCCCCAUGUAGCUCCCCAGGUGACUCCCCACGUGACUCACCUCGUAACUCCCCACAUCACCACAAGCGUGACUCUCCGAAAAGGAACGGUCGUGACUCCCAACAGAAGUCUCCACAUAACUCUCCUACUAGGAGCCCACGUGAAUAUCCACGUGAAUCUCCUAGGGCACAGCGUGAGUCUCCAUGCAACUCCCCACGUAGCUCCCCACGUGAGCGUGCGCGUGACUCUCCGAGAAGAGGACUACGUGAUUCCCCUUCUCGCCCCGUCAGCGCCGCUUCUUCCGUGUACUGAUGUGUCUUCCUCACUCGGUCCACAAUGGCCAACACUGAACUGAAUCAACUACAAUUCAAAUUGUAUUGUUUCAUGGGUUAGUUGUUAUGUUUCUUGAUGAUGAAUGGGCCGAGACUAUCCCACUCACUCUAAAUGAUUCGCUAAUGUAUCUGACACUUGAUUCCUGGCUCCUUGCUUUAUGACAGUCCCGAAGACACAGACUUCAGCCCAGAGGCGGCUGUAUAGCUUGGGGCCAAUCAUGCUUGAGAGCACUGAGCUGUAUUUCUGGAGAUCUUGGGUUAAAAUCUUGGUAAAAGCCACCCAAGAUUUAUCUCGGAUCUCAAGUAUAGAUUAUAGUCUCAUCCCAAACACCAAUAACUGUACAAAAACACAGUUUUUUUAGUUAAUUUGGCACGAAACAUUCCAUCACUGAAAACAAAUAUUUCCAUAUGAAUGCCAUGCAAUUAAUAUAUUAUCCACCAAUAGUAUAUGCAUUGAAGGGAUCUCAUUAGAAUGUCUGUGAUGUCCAUCUUCUGAAGGCUGUUCUCCUAACAGGGUGAUGUUCCACUGCUAUUUGUGAAGCUCUGAAUAGUUAUUCCAUCAUCUCGUGACAACAUGAUGCCAAUAUAACAACACAAUUGGAACCAAUAAAAAAUAUUUCAACCCAAAAUUCAAUGGCGCUGGCUCAUUCCUCUCACUUGGCAAACCCUUGGCCCUUGUAAAAGGAUGUAACCGCGUAGUGCAGCCAUUAUUUGAACAACCAUUGUCAUAAUUAACAGCCAUGAGAAAUCCACUGCUGAAGCCGUGGAUUUCUCAUGGCUGAUUCUAAGAUCCACCUGCACAUUUGACUUCAUACCUCCCAUCUUCUCAGUGGAUGUGUUAUCAGAUGUAUUUGAUUCCUUGGCUUCCCAGGCCAUUAUUAUUGAUCAUUGGCCAUGAUACCUUCUAGCAAAUUGUCCUGCCCAAGACUUUUCUGAAAAGUUGUAAUUAUGGAAUUAACCUGCAAAUGUUUGAGGCAUCAUUCCAUGAUUGUGGUAUGUCAUUUAAGUGUAAACAUGCCAUGAACAAAUCUGUUAAUGUUCCAGACGGCCCUGAUUUUUAUUGUAGUCAUCAAAAUAUUUGUUCUGGAUAAUAAUGCUUUGAGAGGGUGCCCAAUAUGUCAAUUGAUACAUACAGAGCAAGCACUUACUCGUUGAUGAUGUGCAUUGUUAUACCAUCUGGUGCAGGAGCUUUUCCAAAUUUGAUUACUUAUGGAUUCCAAAAUAUAUUUAAAACGUCUAAUGAAAAGGUCUGCUAUUUAAAGAGACGUGUCUUAACUAGCUAUACAUAUAUAAUUAUUUACUCUCUGAGAUGCAGUGCUGCAAUAUUUACUGUGGUAUCGUGGAAACAUUUAUAUUUAAAUAUGUAUUAAUCAUGAGUGACUGUCAAACUUGUUAUUGAACACAUACUCUUUACGGGCGUGAAGCUCAUCACUGCUGCGACUUCUCACACAAAGCCGGGUGCUCCAGCCACAGUUAUCGGCCACGACAGAUCAUGGGCCAAAGCAAAAUUGUUGUUGAAAGAUGUUGAACAUACGUUAGCUCAAGCCUCCCAUAAAUCACGUGACAUGUGCGACCAUCCCCAUACUGACUCCCUCCCUUCUCCACGUCCCGUGUGAGAACGGACACGGCUGUGGAGUAUCCAGGACAUUAGGUAGCCUCUUCUUCCCUACCAUCUAUCCUGACCCUUCGUAGUCUACAAUUUCCAUUCCUUUUCCUCUUAUUUUGCACUUUCUUUUUCCUCUUAUUUUGCACUUUCUUUUUCUCCGUCCUUUGUCUUCCUUACAUAAUUCCCUUGGCUCUUGUGGUGUGCUCUGGGUAAACGGUUGCGAGUAUGGCUGAGUGAAUUAUUUGAUAGGCAAUCACUUUCAAAUUGUUAUCACUUAAUUCACUUGUAUUUGCCACAUCAAGAAAUUGGACACACAAUAUUUGUGUCACCUCAGUUAGUACCGACGAGUGACGUAUCUGGUCUGAGCUUAACGACUACUCAUAAAAAAAACAAAUUCCCAUUCUUGUUUAGCAGCAGCCGGUGAUUGGCUGUGGCUUAAAAAAAUUCAAAGCAAUGCAUGCUUGUCAUGCAACUAGCGCCCUGGCAUCCGCGUUGGCAGCACCACUACGGAAGAUGCACCAGGGCUACAUUCAGAGCUACCGUGGGUGGAGGUGGCAGUAACCACACACGCUCGGGGGGGGGGAGCAGAGCAAGCUGGAAUGACAGCGAAGGAGGGUGACUGGCUGUUCAGUGAAAAUCCACAUUAUACACUGCGUUGAGGCAUUGUUGGACACACAAAAACAAUUAGCAGGGACUCAUCUGACUGGGUUUAAGGAUACACUAUCUCCUCUGGUCUCAGCUCCACAAUGUUGGUUGUGUAUAGAUUCACACUCCCAGCGAUUCGAUGAGUCGUUACGAUUUUGGUCGUGGUUUGAUUGAAGAAUUGAUUAUUGUCCCAUUAUUACCGUCUCAUUUAUAUCGUUUAAUGUUCCGUGUCGUUUGUCCAGUUUUGUUAACUCUGUUAGCCUGAAUGUAACGUGCGCAUAUCAUUUGCAUGAUUACACUUAUGAUUUGAUGCACAUAUUAGUGUAAGAACCGAUAUUAGUAAUGAUUUAUGCAUCAUUAUAGUCCCAA